AUGUAUGUGUCCACCAACCACUUAUCAUCUGCCAGUAUUGCGACUGGAAUGGCAUCUGUUGUCAGUGAGCCGCGUCUUGGAGCGCGGCCCACUCCCCUGCGCGAUCCAGGGGCCCACAACUUCAACCCAGGCGCAGGUUGGAGCUCGCUGCCCGGAGAGCUGCCCGAUCCUUUUCCCAUCGAGCUGAACUCGACUUGCCUGUCCCGCAGCGGCGUAACUGCUCUCCAACUCCCACCAAAAAGGAGCACCGUGGACCAUCGCGCCUCAAGCCACCUCUGGGCUUCCCGGGACCGAUCCCCGCUCCCUGCUCCCGUGUGUGGGAAAGACUGGAGUGUGUGUGCACCCGCUCUCCGUGCGUGA